AUUGAAACUAGGGUCUUGGACAAGAGCUGAGCUGAGACAAAGGAGCUAAAACCGGAACCGGAACUGAGACACGUGGCGGUGCAACAUUUCGUUCCCUUUUGAUCCACACCCACUCGUAUAGACCUUCCUCUCACUUCAUCAAUAUGUCGCUCCAGCUCGUUCAGAACGCCAACGAGUUCCCCGAGUCCUCUCAGAAGGCCAUCGACUCAUGGAAGGAGGACAUGGCCAAGGCUGAUGCUGAAGUCCUCAAGCUCCAGGAGAAGCUGUACGCUCCCCUCUACGAGAAGCGCGCCGAGGUCAUCUCUCAGAUCCCGGACUUCUGGCCCAAGGCUAUUGCCAACUGCGAGAGCCUCAUGCCCUACUUUGACGACGUCGACUCGCCCUUGAUCACCAAGAUCAAGAACGUCAAGGUCACUCGCCCCGCCGAGGACCCACGCGGCGCUAGCAUCACCUUUGAGUUCCACGACAACGAGUUCCUCGCCGAGAGCUCCAUCACAAAAGUCUUCAAGCCCAAGGCUGAUGCUCGUCCCCUCGGACACGAGGACUUUGAGUGGUCGGAAGACCUUGUUCCCCAGACGUGCUCCGUCAAGUGGACCGACGACGAGCACAACCUCUGCAAGAAGAAGCCCACCGUCGAGCCCAAGGACGAAGACGAUGACAACUUUGAGCCCGGAUCCUUCUUCUCGUCCUUCUUCGAGUCGGAGAACCCCGAGAUCGUCAACGGUAUCGGCCAGAUCAUUGCUCAGAACUUCUACCCCAUUGCAUUCGACUGGUACACGGGCGAGGCCAUUGGCAACUACGAUGAUCUCGACGACUUUGACGUGGAGGACUUCGAUGACGAAGAUGAGGAGGACGAAGAGGACGACAGCGAGGACGACGGCGCUGCUGAGAUCGACCUCGACGAAAAGGAUGGCAAGCCUGCUGCCAAGAAGGCCAAGACGCAAAAGUAGAGUGAGCGAGCGCCGCCAUGCUCCAUCUUCAUCUAAGGCGAGGAUUUGUUUGCAAUCUGCGUCCCUUGGAUCAAAAAUGUUAUGCCUAUUGUUAUUCCCCAGCGGUGUUGUGCCG